AGGUGCGGCGCCGGGCGGGACUGCAGUGGCGCGGCCCGGGGCGGCGGCGGCGGCCGGCGCCCUGAACCCGCAGAAUCCCGCGCCGCGGCCGCAGCCCGGGCCGUGCCGCACGCCCGCCGCUCCCCGCGGGCCCGACCCUGCGCGCCGCCCGCUCCGGCGGCCGUUCCUCGCGCGUGUCCCGGGCGGAGCCGCGGGGGAACCGCGGCGCCGACCCCCGGCCGCACUCCUCCCGUGCCCCGCAGCCGCCCGCCUCCGCCCGCCGGGGCGAUGGCCGCAGAGGAGGCCCCGCAGGCCGCGGACCACUACAAGGCGGAGAUAGAGCGGCUGAGCAAGGAGCUCGCGGAGACGACCCACGAGAAGAUCCAGGCCGCCGAGUACGGGCUGGUGGUGCUGGAGGAGAAGCUGACGCUCAAGCAGCACUAUGACGAGCUGGAGGCCGAGUACGACGGCCUCAAGCAGGAGCUGGAGCAGCUGCGGGAGGCGUUCGGGCAGUCCUUCUCCAUCCACCGCAAAGUGGCCGAGGACGGGGAGACCCGGGAGGAAACGCUUCUGCAGGAGUCGGCGUCCAAGGAGGCCUACUACCUGGGGAAGAUCCUGGAGAUGCAGAACGAGCUCAAACAGAGCCGCGCCGUGGUCACCAACGUGCAGGCAGAAAACGAGAGGCUCACGGCCAUCGUGCAGGACCUGAAGGAGAACAACGAGAUGGUGGAGCUGCAGCGAAUACGGAUGAAGGAUGAAAUCCGAGAAUACAAAUUCCGGGAGGCCCGCCUCCUCCAGGACUACACAGAACUUGAAGAAGAAAAUAUCACGUUGCAGAAACUUGUGUCCACAUUAAAGCAGAACCAGUUCUAUGAAUCUUCUCUCUCCUGUGUGCUUCAGGUGGAAUACGAAGGCUUAAAGCAUGAAAUCAAGCGAUUUGAGGAGGAGACGGUGCUGCUGAACAGCCAGUUGGAAGACGCCAUCCGGUUGAAAGAGAUCGCCGAGCACCAGCUGGAGGAAGCCCUCGAGACCCUGAAAAACGAACGGGAGCACAAGAACACCCUGAGGAAGGAGCUGUCCCAGUACAUGACCCUCAGCGACAACCACCUCAGCAUCUCGGUGGAGGGGCUCAAGUUUGCCGAGGACGGGGGCCAGCCGAACAAUGACGACAAGAUGAACGGCCAUCUCCACGGGCCCCUCGGGAAACUGAGUGGGGACUACCGCACCCCCACGCUGAGGAAGGGGGAGCCUCUGCACCCUGUUUCCGACUUAUUCAGUGAGCUGAACAUUUCAGAAAUACAGAAAUUGAAGCAGCAGCUCAUGCAGGUCGAGCGGGAAAAGGCGAUUCUCCUGGCCAAUCUCCAGGAGUCGCAGACGCAGCUGGAACACACCAAGGGGGCGCUGACAGAGCAGCACGAGCGUGUGCACCGGCUCACGGAGCACGUCAAUGCCAUGAGGGGCCUUCAGAGCAGCAAAGAGCUCAAGGCCGAGCUGGACGGGGAGAAGGGCCGGGACUCAGGGGGGGAGGCUCAUGACUAUGAGGUGGACAUCCAUGGCUUAGAGAUCCUUGAGUGCAAAUACAGGGUGGCAGUGACUGAGGUGAUCGAUCUGAAGGCUGAAAUCAAGGCCUUAAAGGAGAAAUACAAUAAAUCUGUAGAAAAUCAUACCGAAGAGAAGGCUAAGUAUGAGAGUAAGAUCCAGAUGUAUGACGAACAGGUUACAAGCCUUGAGAAGAGCACCAAGGAGAGUGGGGAGAAGAUGGCCCACAUGGAGAAGGAGCUGCAAAAGAUGACCGGCAUAGCCAACGAGAACCACAACACCCUUAAUACAGCUCAGGAUGAGUUGGUGACGUUUAGUGAGGAGCUGGCUCAGCUUUACCACCAUGUAUGCCUGUGCAAUAACGAAACCCCCAACAGGGUCAUGCUGGACUACUACAGGCAAAGCAGGGUCACCCGCAGCGGCAGCCUGAAAGGGCCGGAGGAUCCCCGGGGACUUGUGUCCCCACGGUUAGCCAGGCGGGGCAUGUCAUCCCCAGUAGAAACAAGGACCUCAUCCGAACCAGUUUCCAAAGAAAACACAGAGGCCAGCAAAGAACCAAGUCCAACCAAGACCCCCACCAUCUCUCCUGUUAUUACUGCCCCGCCGUCAUCUCCAGUAUUAGAUACAAGUGACAUCCGCAAAGAGCCAAUGAAUAUCUACAACCUUAAUGCCAUUAUCCGGGACCAGAUUAAGCAUCUGCAGAAAGCUGUGGACCGGUCCUUGCAGCUGUCUCGUCAGAGAGCGGCUGCACGGGAGCUGGCCCCCAUGAUCGACAAAGACAAGGAGGCCUUAAUGGAAGAGAUCCUCAAGCUGAAGUCCCUGCUGAGCACCAAACGCGAGCAGAUCGCCACCCUGAGGGCGGUGCUGAAGGCUAACAAACAGACAGCGGAAGUGGCACUCGCUAAUCUCAAGAACAAAUAUGAAAAUGAAAAAGCAAUGGUGACUGAAACGAUGACAAAACUUAGAAAUGAACUGAAGGCUUUGAAAGAAGAUGCAGCAACUUUCUCAUCCCUGAGAGCGAUGUUUGCAACAAGAUGUGACGAAUACGUCACACAGUUGGAUGAGAUGCAGAGACAGUUAGCGGCCGCAGAGGACGAGAAGAAGACUCUCAACACUUUGUUGCGAAUGGCUAUCCAGCAAAAACUCGCCCUGACUCAGCGGCUGGAGGACUUAGAGUUUGACCAUGAGCAGUCGCGGCGCACCAAAGGCAAACUUGGGAAGAGCAAGAUCGGCAGCCCUAAAGUAAGUGGGGAGGCAUCAGCCAUCGUGCCCACCAUAGACACUUCCCUCCUGCGUAGUCAGGGCCCACAGACACCCAACAUUCGGGUCAGCAGUGGCACUCAGAGGAAAAGGCAAUUUUCACCUUCCCUUUGUGAUCAGAGCCGUCCCAGGACUCCAGGGGCACCCUGCCUACAGAAUUUAUUAAGAGUUCCCCCUGAUCCCACCUCCACAGAAUCAUUUCUUCUGAAGGGCCCCCCUUCCAUGAGUGAAUUCAUCCAAGAGCACCGGCUCAGCAAGGAAAAAAGGUUAACCGUGGCCCCACCAGCAAAAAGAGAUUGUCAGCAGCCUGCUGCCUCCGUACCGCCACAGUGCGCACAACUAGCCGGGAGGCAAGACUGCCCGACUGUCAGUCCCGACCUAGCUCUCCCUGAUGGGCAGCCACAUUCCAGCUCGCAGUGCGCCCCUCUCCACUGUCUCUCCAAGCCUCCUCACCCCUAGACUCCAUCUCCCGAGGACGAGUAUCCGGGGUGAAUGUUUUGUAGCCACACACAGGAUCCUGCCCAAGAUCCAGCGCGUGUGUUCUUCUCGGUUGUGAGAUGUAUGAGUGGAUUCAUGGCCAUCAUUCUGGAAGAUGAGAGAAAGUUCAGAAGGAUGACACAAAGCACAGACUCUGGUGUGACUACACGUUUUAUGGUUUCUCAAAGUCACAGAUAAACUUCCGCAAUCAAAGGGUGACAGUUCAGUUACAUAAAAGCAAACAGAACAAAAAUGAAACAGGAAAACGUGUAUCUCAGAUGGCUGGUUUUACCUCCGUAGCAUGAGAGAGACCCGAGACAAUGUAAAAUUCAUACAAUGUAAGGUCAUGCUUCCUCAUACGUCAUAUUCAGCUCUACAAGUUGAGUCCAGUAUCUCUUGUCAUUGGUGUUUAUUUUGACCUUUAUUUGCCAUAUGAUUUGCGUCUAUAAAAACCAUGUCUGUGAGAGGGGAACUUAACUUCACUUACUUUUAAAUAAGCAUCAUUUGCUCAGUUAAAUCUGGAAUUGGCCCGACUGUGGUCAUUUUUCUUGCACAAAAUGAUACAUGAGGUACGUUGGAAUGCUAAUGAUAACUAUUUUGCUGCUACACUGAUAUUGUUUAUGCACUUAUUUUCUAAUCCGUAGCUCAUUAACUGCUGGGUUUGUUUGUUUUUUAAACUAGAAUUCUUCACUGGAUAUUACUAAGUAAACCUAAGAAAUCCUAUGUUAUGAUUCAUUGACUCAUUCAACUUUUGACGGCAUCUUUCAUAUUUUAAAAUUGCAGACAAGUAAAUGUGCUGGUGCUGUUCCUGUAUGUGUGUGUGUGCACACGUUGUGUGAGAGAGAGAGAUGUUAAAAAAGGCUAAAUAAUACGAAGGGGAAAAAAUGGAAUGUUUACUUAAUGACUAGUAUUUUUUUUCCUUUCUAACUCCUCCCACAUUCGCAGUCCCCCUCACGAGUCUUUCCUGUUAAAAGCUACCACAUGGGAAAAUCUGUACAUAGAUAUGUGUAAGUUGGCCUUCAGUUAAUUUAUCCAGUGUUCAAAUUUUGAUUGAAAUCGUAUGUUUUGUUGUUAGUUUUUUCAUAAUGGAUCUUCUUUGCCAAAAAGAAAACAGAUAAUGAACCUUAGCUCAUUGUCGAUAUUUGACUCAGGUGCCUACAAUCGUGAUAUUCUGUUGAGAUCAUGCAUGUCCCUUGUUGAUUUCCAGAUGCUGCCAGGUGACUCUUAGGACGAUUUCAGGCAGUGGAUUUUCUUGGCACAGUUUCUUUUGCACGUAAUCUGGCACACCAGGAAAACAGCUAAUCGAGCUGAAAGGCCUCACUCUCUCGGGCUCCUCACUGUCUCUCAAGUGCUGUCCACACAAUAGCCCCUAACCCCAGUUCCUUGUCUAGUCAGGUAUCCUUAACUUGCUUCAAACCAUCACGGUUUGACCUUUUCACGUAACAAUAUCUGUAACUUGGAUGCAAAAGCAAUGCAGACUGUCAACACAAGAGGUAGUUACCAAUGCAGGGUGCUCCGGUGGAGGUCUGGUAGGGGUCGCUCAGCUUUCUGCGUGAUCUCGGGGAGCCCCGUGUGCGAUGCGGGCCAGUGGGUGAGUCCUCAGGCCCAGGGACGCAGCUUCGCGCAGAGGCAGGCCUGUGGCCGAGGGGUGGCCCCGUCCCCAGAGCUGCCAAGUGGUUUGAGCUCCUUAUCUGAGGGCUGUUUUCCACCGCGUCAUUUAUUAUGCAACUUGGAGUGGUUGGAACUCUUCACCAAAAUAGGGAUUCAGGUGAAAGUACAGAACUAGGGACAAGGGAGAUCUUCCUAAAGUCCUGUUCAUGGCAGUUUAGCCUUCUGCCCUUUCCUGCCUGCAUUGCCUUGCUGACCUAAACAUUUUCUUCAUUUUAUUAAUGUUGUAUCCGCCUGGUGCCAGUGUUAGUGAGACUGUGGGUUUCCUUGGAAUUCAGUUAAAGGAAGCCACCCCACUUCCAUCCCCGUGCCUGCUUUUCUUUUUCUUUUCUUUCUGUUUUUGUUUCCAAGUGUGAUGUGUUUGGACCCGAGAAAUGGCAUAGCUGCUAAGUUAACUGUUUGUGCCUGAGGGAAAAUAAUGCCUUUAUUUUCAAGUACCUCAGAACAUCUAUACGCCUCAUUAGCUCAGUUGGUGGCCAGGAAUUCAGCAGCCAAGUGGCCUCUGUGCGCAGCUCCCGAGCAGGGCGGCCACGGAAGGCGCGGUGUUGAGGUCACGCCCCUUUCUCUUUAGUUAUGACCCGGCGGAAAGGCGAGUUGUAGAUGAAACACUUAUUUUCUCCCACUACAAAGUUUAUCGUUGUCUCUUAUAUCCUAGUUUUAUUUCAGUUCUUCAUAUCAAUAGAGUGGAAAAUGCUUGUGUUGAAAUAUUCUAUAAAAAUAUUGAUUUUAGCAAAACUUUGCCAAGAAGAUAGAGAAACUUGGAAAUAAAUUUCUAAUUUUCAGCACAAAAUUGGAUAAUAGUCCCUAAGCGGUAACAGAGAAUUCCGUGUGUUUACACUGUGGCAUCAUUUAGUAUCGUUUAAACUGAGCCAUAUCUGUAUUUAUUUAUAGGCAUUUAAAAUGAAGAAAUAUAUGUAGGAUUGAUAGAAAUCAUGUGUUGAGAAAUAUCAGGAUUCAAAAGGAAAUUGAAAAAUAGAAGAAUCAGUGAAAAUUAAAAAGAACAAACCUCAGUAAGACUAAUUGAAGACAGACUUGGUGAAUAAAAACCAAACUGCAGAAAUACAAUUAAAAUAUUGGCUAAUUACUGUAAAAACAGUGGGCAAAGAUAAGGGUCACUAACUAGCAAGAGUGGCUAGGAAAAUAACCAGGUAGUUUUUUAAAAGUAAGCACAAUUACCAUCAUGAAAAGAAUAGUCAGUAUGCAGAAAUGCUUCCCCACUGACGAUUUUUCUUAGUGAAAAAUUUAAAUUAAAAAGGAACACUAGAUUUGCCUUUGGCUGGAGUGCUUGGGGGCAUACAGGCCCCGUGGAUGAAGCUCUCCAGUCAACUCAUGUUUCACUAGAUUCCAUUCAUGUAUCCAAUUCUGUUUCAGUAAGAGGAAUUUGGAGAACUUUGAGAGAAGAGUUAUUAAAUAAUUUUUAAGAAGAGCUAUUUAGAAAGAUGACACAUUUAUUUAGCCUAAGGAAGAAGAGAUACAAUAGUGAUCUUCAAAGAACAAAGACUUAACAAUACUGUAGGUACCAGCUAUAGAUGUCAUUCCUGAGACUAGAAUGAGAAAAACAAAGUCUUCAGUGUGAGGGACUUAUAUGAACUGCAGGAGAGAGAUUUUUAAGAGUAAGCAAUUAAUCACUGAAAUAAUCGUAAGGAAGAUUUGUUUUCUAAAAAUUACAUGUUAUUGGUUGUCAAUUUAGGAUGAUUAAGUGGUAAGACAUCUUAUGAUAAUGUUUUACAAUUCUGGGAUUCCAUAAUCUUAUGCUUCUUUUAAAUUUAAAAAUAAAGUUAUACUUGUUAUUCAUAAGAUAUUUUAUCCCUUGAAAAUAGGAUAGCAAUCUUAAUUUUUCCAAGACAUUUUUUACAAAAGAAAACAGGAACAUUGAUAUUAUUUUUCCUUCCAGCUAUAUUUCAUAAUAUCUUUAAAGAUAUCCAGAAUGUAGUAAUUUUACUAUAAAAAUCCUCAAUUGUUAGAGUCUAAAAAAACAAACAUCCUCAGGAAUACUUCAGGUAUAGAAGGUAUGCAAUCCCUUAGGGGAGGCAAAUGCCUCUCAAACUUUAUCUUUUCUUAAAACAAUCUUCAACCUACCGUAUUUACUUUUUUCACACUUUGGAAAAUAUUCCUGUACAGAUGGACCUUCCAUUUCACACAAGCAUGAAAUGCUGGCCAAGCAAACCAACUGUGAAUGCAAACAUUUCCUGAUAUCCUGUUUUAGAUGAAAUCCCAACAGUUCUCAAGUACAAAUUGUAAAAUACCAAAAGGAAGAAAUGCAAUACUCCUCUGGGGUAAGAAUGGCAAACAAAUUUAAUAUAGUUGUUAUAAUCAAUCAGCCAAAAGACAUAAUCUGUCUCUAAGAAAAAUACAUUAGGGAAAACAUGGAUUUGCAGUAAGGAACUGCUGAUUCACCCCCAAAACGCUGCAAAUCCAUUGAUGUUGUAGAUACACAGCAGACCCAGCUUCGAAAGGAACUUUAGGAAAAGUUCACAAUUUAAAAAUUUUGCCCUCCAGGAUUUUCGUUUGUUUAUAAGCCGAAGUGAUUUAAAAUAAUCCUGUAUUUAAGAUUGCAAAAAACGUACAAGAAUGUGUUUUUGAAUAAAGGAAACAUAAUUCUUCAAAAAGCUGUUGAACUGGAAUUGUGAAAAAUAGCAUGGUCGGUGCUGACAUCAAUAAGGAAUUGUACCUGAAAAUCAAUUUCUAUGGACAUACAAGACCAAUCUAGCUCCCAGGUGACCUUUUCCAUUGUCUGUAAUAAUGCCCCCAAAUGAGUUGUGUCUGUAAUUAAACUAAUCCUUAUUUAAAUGUCAAGUUACUGCAAUGCUCCCUGAUGUACUGCAUCUGUGGCCUGCUCCAGGUAUGCUAUUAACAUCUGAAAGAUUUUGUCUAGACAUCUCUUUUGUCCUUAAAGUAUAACCGAAGAAGAUAUUUAGUAUUAAGAUAGGUUCUCCAAUCGAGGAUUUUCUAGAAAUAAUAUUCUACUUAAGAAGAAGAGAAGUGAUUAACUGCCUUUACUGUAAGGGCGUGAGUACAUAAACAUAUGCUGUGUAAAAUGUUUGCAUGAGGUAUUUCACAUCAUGUAAGCUUUCCCAUAUUCAUAAUAUGAACACCGCGGAAGUCUGAUUUCUCUUGUGGUCCCCUCUCCGUUAGGAAUGUAAGGAGAUUGUUGCCUAUAUCUGGUCUCCUUUCCAUAUUGAAUGCAUGACUCUCAUCAGUGUAUUUUUAUCCCCUUCCUCUGGCGUUAUUUAAAAUUUGCCCUAUUUAAACUAAAGCCUGGAUGGACUGCUGAGCCAGAUUUAUUUCUGUGAUUGGAGUUUAAGUGCUGUAGAACACUGAUGGAGAACACAGUUUAUUUUACUUUUUUUUCUUUUCAAAUUAUUCUCUGAUCGUUACAAUUCUCUAAUGAAAACACUGAGAAGUAAAUUCGAUACUUUUAGUGUGACUGUUUUUUUUCUUUUUCAAAAGUCAUUUUUUUAAAAACAAAGAUCAGAGAACUGUGUGAGAAAUGUUAUUUUGUUGAUAAUCAUUAUUUGAUAAUGGAGAUAGAGAAUGAAUUGUUUGUGUUUUGGGCUUAUAGAAAUGAAUAUGCAUCUAAUCUUACAGGAAAUAAAUUAUUUUAAUAAUUUGCCACAAAAUUUUUAAGCUCAGUGGUUUGACUUUUAAUUGACUAAGUGGUUAGUCAAUUAAACAGUUCCUUGGAAAUCUUUUAUGACUUUUUAUAAUCUCAGUGUUUUUAUUUGCAUGAGUAUGCAUAUGUGAUGAACCAUACAUGAUUCUGAUAUUGUAUUUCUUUCCAUUAUUAACAUUUGUGUAAUGUGUGGCCAAUCCUGAUUUUUUACACUGUGUGAUUAUUGUUGUAAUGAUUCUAUUCCUACAGUUAAUUGCAAUUUUGUUGUUACGCCUUUUGGGGUUAAAUGAUGUGAAGUGUUUCUACCUAAUAACAACAUCAUAUGAAAACAUGACUGGAAAAAUUGACCUAAGAUACCCUUUUGUUGCUGAUGAUUUUUAAAAAUCCAAAUUUCAAAGGAAACUUGUUCUCAAAGACACAUAUAUAGCAUUUGUUUUAAAUUCAGUAUAAUCAUAUGAAUUUAUUAUUGCUUGUCGUUUAAAAUUUUUUAUGUCGACAAUCCUAACUGACCGUCUCAUGGGAGAGAUCCAUAUGAUAUGUGCUUGUCUUCGAGUAAUUUGAUCAUGCACCCAGCGGUUGGAAGAGGCGCUCCAAUGCUAAGAAAGUAACUGAAAGCUGAUACAUUGAUUCUUACGUCUUGGUUUAUGUUACCAACUGAUGAUGGUGUAAUGUCUAACUCUUCCCAGUAAAUAAACUGGUUAUCUUUUGUUCAUUUAAUCAAUGUUACCUUUUUAUCGGUUUCAGCAAUCUUUCUGUAUGUCAUUUUGAUCUGUACUUAUAAAAAAAGUAUAUGAAUUUC